AUGAAGCACCUGCCCUGGAAGACCGACGGCCUGCUUCCUCUGGAGAGGCAGCUCCACGAGGCUGCCCGAAGGAACAACAUCGGGAGGAUGAAGGAGCUGAUCAGAAGCAGAGUCAACAUUAGGGCCAGAAACCAUGUGGACAGGGUAGCCCUGCACUGGGCCGCAGGUGCAGGGCACGAGCAAGCUGUGCGGCUGCUCCUGGAACAUGAGGCUGCUGUGGACGAUGAGGAUGCGGUAGGGACCCCUAUGGAGGCGUGUCUGUGUUUUGGGAUGAAUGCACUUCUCCUGUCUGCCUGGUUUGGCCACUUACAGAUUCUUCAGAUCCUGGUCAACUCAGGGGCCAAGAUCCACUGUGAGAACAAGGACGGCCUAACCUUACUACACUGCGCAGCCCAGAAAGGCCACGUGCCGGUGCUGGCGUUCAUCAUGGAAGACCUGGAGGACGUGGCCCUGGACCGUGCUGACAAGCUGGGAAGGACAGCAUUUCACCUGGCGGCUGCACAUGGGCAGCUGGAGGCUCUGGACUUCCUGGUGGGCUCUGGCUGUGACCACAGUGUCAAAGACAAGGAAGGGAACACGGCUCUGCACCUGGCCGCUGGCCGGGGCCACCUGGCUGUGUUGCAGCAACUUGUGGACAUCGGGCUGGACUUGGAGGAGAGGAAUGUGGAAGGUCUGACCGCCCUGCACGCCGCUGCUGAAGGGAUCCACCCCGACUGUGUGCAGCUCCUCCUGGCGGCGGGGAGCAGCGUGAAUGCCCUCACUCAGAAACAGCAGAGCUGCCUCCAUUACGCAGCUCUCAGUGGCUCUGAGGACGUGGCCCGGGCCCUCAUCCACUCAGGGGGCUGCACCAACGUGGCUGAUCAUCGGGGAGCCUCUCCAAUGCAUCUCGCUGUGAGGCACAACUUCCCCUCCCUGGUUCAGCUCCUCAUCGAUGCUGGCAGUGACCUGGACGCCACCGACAAUAGGCAGCAGACGCCCCUCCACCUUGCCGCGGAGCACGCCUGGCAGGACAUAGCGGAGAUGCUCCUGGUUGCGGGGGUUAACUUAAACCUGAGGGAUAAGCAAGGGAAAACCGCCCUGGCCGUGGCCGCCCGCAGCAACCACAUCAGCCUGGUGGACAUGAUCAUAAAAGCUGACCGCUUCUACCAGCGGGAGAAGGACCACCUCUCACUCAGGGACCCCAGUGACCGCUCUGGGAAGAGUUUGACCUUUAAGCAGGACCAUCGGCAGGAAACGCAGCAGCUCCGCUCUGUGCUGUGGCGACUGGCCUCCAGGUACCUGCGGCCCCACGAGUGGAAGAAGCUCGCGUAUUGCUGGGAGUUCACUGAGGCCCACGUCCAUGCCAUCGAGCAACAGUGGACAGGCUCCAAGAGCUACCAGGAGCAUGGCCACCGGAUGCUGCUCAUCUGGCUGCACGGCGUGACCACGGCGGGUGAGAACCCCAGCAAAGGGCUCUUCGAGGGCCUCGUGGCCAUCGGCAGGAGGGACCUGGCUGGUAAGAGCGUCCCCUGCCCCGCUCCUGCUCAGGGCAGCGCCCGGCCCCAGGGUCAGAGCAGCGUGGCCCACACUGGAAUGAGGCAGAGCCUUCCAAGGCUGCUCAAACCACAGGGCCGUGGUGCUGGCUCUGAACCUUCCAGAUUCCUGGUCCCGGCUCUGCCUCUUUCUGGAACUCAGGUGGCCCUUGGGCGAAUCACAGUGACAGGCAAGCAGGUGACCGUGCAGCUCAGCCACACCAACCCGCGUGUGGCUCCAGGGGAAUGUGACUGGAAGCUUCACGGCUCACAGCAGGGGGAGCGAUCUGCACGGGAGCUUGGAAGUUGA